AUGUCUGACGAAGAAAGUGAGUUGACAUUAACUGAUGAUGUAUCACAAGACAAUUCACAAAUAGAUGGCACAGAAGAAUCUCAACUUCCUAGUGAAGAUGAGCAAAGUAAUUUACAAGUUGAUGAGCCUCAAACUAAAAAAAGAAAAUCAGCAUCAAAAUCUAAAAAGUCAAAAAAAUCUAAACCUGAGUCGCUUGAAGAAAUUUGUGAAGCUUACGAUAUGGAGAAUCCCUCUUUAGAUUAUACAGAAGACGAUUAUUUAGAAUUAACGUCUUAUAGGCAUUAUCAAACAAAAUAUAGAGAAAAAAUUGAAUUAUUUAAUCCUGAAGCUGACACUGCUAAACAGACUGCUAUGGUACUAGCUAAAUUUAAAGAAUUUAAACAAUUGCAAAAUGAAUUUAAUACUAGCAAGUUAAAUACAAGUAGUUCAAAAAAAAGUAGUCGAAGCACAGGUAGUAAAGAAAAAUCUGUACCUGCAUUAAAAAUAAAAAUUGCUGGUAAAAAACGGGGUAAAAAGCAAGAAUCUGAUGAUGAAUUUGAAGAACUUUUAAAACAACACGAAAGUGAAUUAGAGGCUGUUGAAAGAGAAAAAGAGGAACGAAAAAUUGCAAGGGCUCAAAAAAUUGCUGAAAAGAAGGCAGCUCAAGCUGCUGAAGCUAAUAAAUUUAAAAAACCAAAACUUGAAAACAUUGAACAUAAAGAUUAUUGCGAAGCAUGUGGUCAAGGUGGCGAAAUUUUGCUUUGUGAUUAUUGUCCAAGAACUUACCAUUUACCCUGUGUUGACCCAUCAUUAACAGAGGCUCCUGAAGGUGAUUGGAUGUGUCCAGCCUGUGAAGAAGAAUGUGCAUAUGAAGAAAGAAUUUCAAAUAAUAAACAAUAUUGUUAUGUUUGUAAGGAAGGUGAUAAUUUAUUGUACUGUACAACAUGUCAGUUUAGUUUUCAUGGUUAUUGUCAUGAUCCACCUUUAGAAGAAGUACCUGUUGGUGAUUAUAUUUGUCCUCGAUGUAAAACUGAAGAACCUAAAAAUAAGAUUGAUAAAAUUUUAUCUUGGAAAUGGGAUGAAAAGGAGUAUCCCGAACCAUAUAAAAAAGGGGAAUUACCUCCUGAAAAUUCUACAGAUCCUGCAUUAAAGAAAAAAAGAAAAGAAAUGUUAUAUUUAAGACCUGCUAAAAAACUUGGUGUCAAAAGGACAAGACUUCUUUAUAUAAAGUGGAAAUAUUUGUCACAUUGGCAUUGUGAUUGGCUACCUGAAAUGGUUGUUGAAGUUCAUCAUCCCCAAACAUGGAGGACGUAUUGGAGAAAAAAUGAUCCAGAAGUUCCUCCAAAUCUUGAAAAUGAUGAUGAUGAUGAGGAAAGAGCUCACAGGAAAAAUAAAGCACAUGAUCCAUUAGAACUUUAUGAUAGAUUUUAUAAAUAUGGUAUUAAACCAAAUUGGUUAGUCGUUCAAAGGAUUAUUAAUCAUAUUAGUUAUGGAAAAAACCAAUAUGAUUAUCUUGUUAAAUGGUCUGAAUUAUCUUAUAAUGAUUCAACAUGGGAAAGAGAUGAUUUUGACAUACCCGGUUAUGAAACAGCAAUUUGUAAGUAUUGGCAACAUCGUCAUGAUAUGACAGGUGAUCCCAUACCUAAAAGUGUUAAGAAAAAAAUGGAAAAUAGAAAAGUUGAAGAUGGUGUUUCUGAGGAUGAUUCACGCAAGAAAAAAGUUGCUUACGAUAUUAGAAAGAAACAUGAAGUACAACCAGAUUAUAUUACAGAAACUGGUGGUACUCUUCAUCCUUAUCAACUAGAGGGAAUUAACUGGCUUAGACAUUGUUAUUCACAAAAUACUCAUGCAAUUCUUGCUGAUGAAAUGGGUCUUGGUAAAACUGUACAAGCUAUGACAUUUUUGUAUUCAUUAUAUAAAGAAAAUGCUUCAAAAGGUCCAUUUUUAGUUGCUGCACCUCUAUCAACACUUCUUAAUUGGGAAAGAGAAGCACAUAUAUGGUGUAAAGAUUUUUAUUGUGUAACUUAUGCUGGAGAUAAAGAUUCUCGUGCUGUUAUUCGUGAACAUGAAUUUUCUUUUGCUGAAGGUGCUGUUAAAGGAGGUCCUAAAGCAACAAGAAUGAAAGAUCCACAAAGUGUUAAAUUUCAUGUAUUAUUAACAUCAUAUGAAUUAAUUAAUAUGGAUAAAGCUAUUCUUUCAUCCAUAAAAUGGGGUGCUUUAGUUGUAGAUGAAGCUCAUAGAUUAAAAAAUAAUCAAUCACUUUUUUUUAGAAAUUUACGUGAGUAUGAUAUUGGCUAUCGUCUCCUUCUUACAGGAACUCCUCUUCAAAAUAAUCUUGAAGAACUUUUUCAUUUACUUAAUUUUCUUUGUCCUGAUAGUUUUUAUGAUCUUGAAAAAUUCUCUUCUGAAUUUGCUGAUGUUUCAAAAGAAGAUCAAAUACAAAAACUUCAUUCUAUGCUUGGACCUCAUAUGUUACGUCGUUUAAAGGCUGAUGUUUUAACAGGAAUGCCAACAAAAAGUGAACUUAUUGUUCCUGUUGAUUUAGCCCCUAUGCAACGUAAAUGGUAUAAAAAUAUUUUAACAAAAAAUUUUGAAGCUCUUAAUGUUAAAAAUGGCGGAACUGCGAUGUCUUUAACAAAUGUAUUAAUGGAAUUAAAAAAAUGUUGUAAUCAUCCAUAUUUGUUUGCUAAAGCUUCUAUUGAGGCUCCUAAAUGUCCAAAUGGUUUGUAUGAAUUGAAUGCACUUAUUAAAUCAUCUGGGAAAUUGGUUGUUAUGCAGAAAAUGUUAAGAAAAUUAUAUGACCAAGGUCAUCGUGUUUUAAUAUUUUCACAAAUGACAAGAAUGUUAGAUGUUUUAGAAGAUUUCUGUGAAUUAGAAGGAUAUAAAUUUGAAAGAAUUGACGGAAGUAUAACUGGUCAACUUCGUCAAGAGGCUAUUGAUAGAUUUAAUGCUCCUGGUGCUAAACAGUUUAUAUUUUUGUUAUCUACAAGAGCUGGUGGUUUAGGUAUAAAUUUAGCCACCGCUGAUACUGUUAUUAUUUAUGAUUCUGAUUGGAAUCCACAUAAUGAUACUCAGGCAUUUUCACGUGCUCAUAGACUAGGACAAAAAAAUACCGUAUUGGUUUAUCGUUUUGUAACAAGAAAUUCAGUUGAAGAGAAAGUUACUUCUGUUGCUAAAAAAAAGAUGUUAUUAAAUCAUCUUGUUGUUAGAGCUAAUACUGGAAACAAAGGACCAUCAUUAUCAAAAUCAGAAUUAGAUGAUGUUAUAAGGUGGGGUACAGAAGAACUUUUUAAGGAAGAUGAAACUAUUGAUGAAAAUGGUGAACCAAAACCAAUUGAAAAUGCUAUUGUAUGGGAUGAUGAAGCUAUAGAUAAGUUACUUGAAAGAAAACCAUUUGAUCCUAAUGAAAAAGUUGAAAAAGAUUGGUCAGAUGAAUAUUUAUCUACUUUUAAAGUUGCUACAUAUGCAACAAAAGAAGUUGAAGAGGAAGAAGAUGAAACAGAAAUUAUAAAAGAGGAAGAUCAAGAACCAGAUCCAGAUUAUUGGGAAAAACUUCUUCGUCAUCAUUAUGAACAAGAUCAAGAAAGUGAAUUACAAAAUCUCGGUAAAGGAAAACGUGUUCGUCGUCAAGUUAAUUAUGCAUCAAACGGAACAAAUCAGGAAUGGCAACAAGUAACAAUUGAAAAUGAUGGAGAAUUUUCAGAAGAUUUCUCUGAUAUAUCUGAUCAUUCAGAAGGUGGUGAUUCUGAUGCUGAUGGUGCUGCUGAAGCUAGGAAACGUAGAAAAUAUGGGGAUGACAAACUUCCUCCACUUAUUGGUAGAGUAAAUGGUCUUAUUGAAGUUUUAGGUUUUAAUCCACGUCAACGUAAGGCCUUUUAUAAUGCAGUAAUGAGAUGGGGUAUGCCGCCAUCAGAUGCUUAUCAAUCACAAUGGUUAACAAGAGAUUUAAAAUCUAAAUCUGAACGAGUUUUCAAAGCUUAUUCAUCUCUUUUUAUGCGCCAUUUAUGUGAACCUGUUGCUGAGAGUGCUGAUACAUUUAGUGAUGGUGUACCAAGAGAAGGAAUUAAUAGACAUCAUAUUCUUGCACGAAUGGGAAUUAUGUGUUUAAUAAGGAGAAAAGUUCAAGAAUUUGAAUCUUUUAAUGGUAGUUGGUCUAUGCCAGAAGUAAAAGAACAAAUGGAUAAAAAUGUAGCUUCUUCAAAUACUGGUGGUGGAUCUUCUUGUGAAACAAAAGAAGUAACACCUUCAAAAGAAGAUAAAUCAUUAUCACCAAGUAAUGAGGAUAUUGAAAUGGCAGAAGUUUCUAAUGAUGGAGCUGUAGAAACAAAAACUGAUAUUAUGGAUAUUGAAAGUAAUGAAAAUACAACAGAUAAUAUUAUGGAAAAUAAUCAUCCACAUGCUAGUGAAGAUGGAAUAGUGAAACACCCAAGACCACCAUUUAAAUUUAAUAUUGCAGAUGGUGGAUUUACUGAACUUCAUGGAUUAUGGCAAAAUGAAGAAAAUUCUGUUACUCAAGGGACAGAAUAUGAAAUAUGGCAUCGUCGACAUGACUAUUGGUUAUUAGCAGGUAUAACUGUACAUGGUUAUGGGCGUAUGGGAGAUAUUAUGAGUGAUCCACGUUUUGGAAUUCUAAAUGAACCAUUUGAAAAUUUAGCUAAAGAAAAGCCAAACAUGAAUAGUCAAGAUGUUAAAAGUAAGUUUAUGCAGCGUCGUUAUAAGUUGUUGGAACAAGCUUUGAUAAUUGAAGAACAAUUAAGAAGGGCUGCUUAUCUAGAUGUUGAACAGGUUGAUGAUGAUGGAUUAAAAAAUCUUGAUAAUCAUCAUUCAGAAUUUGAAACAUUGGUUCAUACUCAUAAAGAAUUAAAUGAAAGAGCUAAACUUGGUGAUAGAAAUUCUAAAAUAGUAAUGGGAAAAGUUUUAUCGAGAUUAGAAGAUCUUUUAAAUGAUAUGAAAAAUGAUAUGGCGCGCCUUUCAGGUACUGUAGGAAAAUUAUCAUCUGUCACAGAACGUCUUCAUAUGACAGAAAGAGAAAUUCUUUCAAGACUUACAACAAAAGAUGAAUCAGCUGUUGCAGGUAGAAGUCCUUUACCACCACCUGGACCAUUUAUAACACCUUUAAUAGGGCAAAAAUUAUCUUCUAUUCAACCUAAAUUUGCUUAUCUUCUUAAAGAUGUAGCUAAUACAUCUGAAAAUGAUAACGAAACGACAAAUGGUAAAAUUAAUUUAACUGUUGAUGAUGCUCCUGAAUUGGAAAAAGAAUGUAUUAAAAAAGAAUUUUUAGAUGAUAAUGAUCAAAAUCCUAUAUAUAUAUAG